UAUCUAAAAGACUGUUAGAAUUAUAGACGAGACAUUUUACUAAGUAUUCAUGCAAUAAAUCUUUCGAUGUUAAGUAUUUUAUAAAAAUUUAAACAUCGUUCUACGAACUUUUGAUCAGCCCUAAGUAUAUAAUUUUGAUUCGUAGAACAAGAAAUUUAAUUUUUUUUUAUUUAGUUUUGGUUUAUGUAAAGAAGGCAUUGGCUACGGCGGAACAACAAGUACAUUUUGUGGAACACCAGAAUUUUUAGCUCCAGAAGUGUUAACCGAAUCGUCGUACACACGAGCUGUUGAUUGGUGGGGUUUAGGUGUUCUCAUCUAUGAAAUGCUUGUCGGUGAAUCUCCGUUUCCCGGCGAUGAUGAAGAAGAAGUAUUUGACAGUAUUGUUAAUGAUGAAGUAAAAUAUCCAAAAUUUUUAUCAAUUGAAGCAAUUACAAUUAUGAAAAGAUUACUAAGAAAAAAUGUCUCUCAUCGACUUGGAGCGGGUGAAAAAGAUGCUGAAGACGUCAAACGACAGUCAUUCUUUAAGCAAAUUAAUUGGCAAGAUAUGCUAUCAAAGAAGAUAAAACCUCCAUUUGUUCCGAUAGUGCAUAGUGCCGAUGAUGUUAGUAAUUUUGAUUCUGAGUUUACAGCUGAAGAGCCUAUAUUAACACCACCCGAAGAUCCACGGCCAAUUCGAGAACAAGAUCAAAUAAAUUUUACUGGAUUCGAUUAUAUCGGUGAUUGGUAA